AUGUCUUCAUCCAACAAAGGAAAAGAAAAAAUUAGUCUUAGACCUUUAAACCCACAAAAAAAUGAUUUUGAUGAUACUCCUUUAUGGAAUCACGUAAAAGUUAUUAACUUGGCAAGUGGAGGAGGAGGAAACAGAGUAUGGUCUUGUAACUAUUGUCACAAGAAAGUUACAGGAUCGUAUUCUAAAGUGAAGGCUCACUUACUAAGGCUUCCAGGAAGCGGUGUCACCAUUUGCAACUCAAUUUCGGAUGAUAUUGCUGUUGUUAUAAAGAAAGAACAUGAAGAUGCAGAAAGAAAAAAGGCUAAUAAAAAAAUACGAGCUAGAAGGCAAGCUGACUAUUUGAGUUUGCCACCUGGCACGGAUCUCUUGCAGCAGAAAAAAAGAAAACCAGGUGCUCUAGAAAAUGCGUUCAAUGUUGCUGACAGAGAUACUGCUGAUAAGCUAUGUGCAAGGAUGUUCUAUGCAUGUGCGUUGCCAUUCAACCUUGUACGCAGCCCUCAAUUCAGGAAAUAUUCAUUGUUUUUGGAAAAUAGCAAAUUAACGGGCUAUAUACCUCCAAAUUAUGAUAGACUACGCACUACUCUUCUUGCGCAAGAGAAGGCACAUAUUAAUGUGAAAGUUCAUCAUAUCAAAGAAAGUUGGAACAAGAAAGGAUUGUCUAUUUGUUCCGACGGUUGGUCUAAUAUACAGAGAAAUCCAUUAAUUAAUAUUAUGGCAGCUUCUGAAAGUGGAGCAUUAUUUCUUUCAUCCACAAAUGCAAGUAGAGAAGUGAAAGAUGCUGAGUAUGUAGCCAACAUUUUCAUCCGUGCAAUCGAAGAUGUUGGACCAAAUAAUGUCGUACAGGUCAUAACGGACAAUGCAAGUAACUACAAGGCGGCUGGUGGGAUAAUUGAGCUUAAGUAUCCUCAUAUCUUUUGGACACCUUGUGUGGUCCAUAGCUUGAAUCUAGCCUUGAAAAGGAUGUGUGAUCCUCCUGAAAACAUAGGUGCGUAUGUUCAUUGUGCUUGGAUUUCUAAGUUGAUUGCUGAUUGUCAAAGCAUCAGAAAUUUUAUUAUGAAUCACGACUUGGCACAUGCAAUUUUUAACAACUAUUCAUCUUUAAAGUUGUUAAAAAUUGCCGAAACUCGUUUUGCAUCUGGGAUUAUCAUGGCUGACCGUUUGAGCAAGGUAAGGAAGGCCUUGGAGAGCAUGAUCAUGGAUGAAAGGUGGAAAACAUACAAAGGAGAUGGAAAGAGUGUCGUUGACAGUAAAGCCCGUGAAGUGAAGCAAUGCAUUGUUGAUGACCAGUGGUGGGAUACGCUUGACUAUCUAUUGAAUCUCACUAGACCUAUCAUCGAUUUUAUACGGGUUGCUGAUACGGAUUCUCCUAUUCUUCAUCUUGUAUACGAUAUGUGGGAUUCGAUGAUAGAGGAAAUCAAAACUGUUGUUUUCAGGCACGAGGGGAAAGAUUUGCUCGUUGGUCAAUCAGCUUUUUUUGAUGCCAUUCACAAAAUUCUGGAGGAGAGAUGGAACAAAAGCAAUACCCCGUUGCAUUGCCUAGCACAUUCACUUGUUCCGAAAUACUAUACCGAUUCCUGGCUUAAAGAUGGAGAUGGUGUCCAAAGGUUGGCACCACAUGAGGAUCAAGAAGUCUCAAUGAAUAGAGUGAAGUGUUUCAAGAGAAUUUUCGAGGAUCCAAAUGAUCUUAGAAAAGUGUGUAUGGAAUAUGGAGAAUUUUCCAGUGCAACUGGAUUAUUUAAUGAUUCUUUCAUUAAAGAGGCAAGGGUGUUCGAAGAACCAAUCUCGUGGUGGUCUAACUACGGAUCGAGCGAAGUUGUUGCAAUCUUUGGCCUUCAAAUUACUUUCGCAGCCAGCAUCGUCAUCAUGUUGUGA